AUGGGUAGAAGGAAAAGCAAACGAAAACCUCCACCCAAAAGAAAAAACAUAGAACCUCUUGACGUACAAUUUACUUGCCCGUUUUGUAAUCAUGAAAAAUCUUGUGAAGUAAAAAUGGACAAAAGUAGAAACACUGCUAGGAUAUCAUGUCGAGUAUGUUCGGAAGAUUACCAAACUGUUAUUAAUUUUUUAUCUGAACCAGUAGAUGUUUAUAAUGAUUGGAUUGAUGCAUGUGAGACAGCUAAUUAG